CCCUGUGCACAGGCACCGCAGCGGAGGUCCCCACACCGGUGCCAUGUCAAAGAAAAAAGGAUUGAGUGCAAAAGAAAAGAGAACUCGCAUGAUGCAAAUAUUUUUUGAAACAAAAGAUGUAUUUCAAUUAAAAGACUUGGAGAAGAUUGCUCCCAAAGAGAAAGGCGUUACUUCUAUGUCAGUGAAAGAAGUCCUUCAAAGCUUAGUGGAUGAUGGUAUGGCUGACUGUGAGAGGGUUGGAACUUCUAAUUAUUAUUGGGCUUUGCCAAGUAAAGCUCUUCAUGCAAGGAAACGUAAGUUGGAGGCUCUGGAAUCUCAGUUGUCUGAGGGAAGCCAAAAGCAUGCAAGCCUACAGAAAAGCACUGAAAAAGCUAAAAUAGACCGACGUGAAACGGAAGAGCGAACCACGCUAGCAAAAGAACUGUCUUCACUUUGAGACCAAAGGGAACAGCUAAAGGCGGAAGUAGAAAAAUACAAAGAUUGUGACCCACAAGUCGUGGAAGAAAUACGCCAA